ACCGCAGCGGCCCCGGCGCAGGUACCAAAGUAUAGGAGGACGAAAAAGGUGCUUUAGGAGGCGAAUCUUGGAUCCGCUGGAUGAGAAGCUGCUGCCUGUUGGCGUCCGAAGCCCCCCCGCCGCGCGCCCCGCCUCUGCCCACCAUGCCUGCUGCCCAUGCCGACCAGAGCCCGCGGAUCCGGGAAGUUUGGGCUUGUAACCUGGAUGAGGAGAUGAAGAAAAUGCGACCCGUUAUCCAGCAGUACAAUUACGUGGCCAUGGACACGGAGUUUCCAGGUGUGGUGGCCAGACCCGUGGGGGAAUUCAGAAGCUAUGCGGACUACCAGUACCAACUCCUGAGAUGCAAUGUGGACUGGCUGAAGAUCAUCCAGCUGGGACUGACGUUUAUGAAUGAGCAAGGAGAGUGCCCCCCAGGAACCUCCACUUGGCAGUUCAACUUCAAAUUCAAUUUGAAGGAAGACAUGUAUGCCCAAGACUCCAUCGAGCUCCUCACCAUGUCCGGGAUCCAGUUCAAGAAGCAUGAGGAAGAAGGCAUCGAGGCACAGUAUUUUGCAGAGCUCCUGAUGACAUCGGGAGUGGUGCUGUGUGAAGGGGUCAAGUGGCUAUCCUUCCACAGCGGUUAUGACUUCGGCUACUUCAUCAAGAUCCUCACCAACUCUCCCUUGCCCGAAGAAGCUCACGACUUCUUCGAGAUUCUCCGACUCUUCUUUCCCGUCAUCUAUGACAUCAAGUACCUCAUGAAGAGCUGCAAAACCCUUAGGGGUGGACUGCAGGAAGUGGCCACUCAGCUGGAGCUGGAGCGCAUUGGCUCCCAACACCAGGCGGGGUCCGAUUCCUUGCUCACGGGAAUGACCUUUUUCAAAAUGAGGGAAAUGUUCUUUGAAGACCACAUUGACGACGCCAAGUAUUCUGGAUACUUGUAUGGCCUUGGUUCUGGAGCAUCUCAUGUCCACAAAAAUGCCCAGAACAGUGGCCAGAACAGAGGCCAGAACAGUGGCCAGAGCAGCUUCCAGAACACCGUCCAGAGCAGUUUCCAGAACGCCUACCCGAACAGCUACCAGAGUAGCUUCCAGAACAGCUACCAGAACAGUUUCCAGAACAGCUACCAAAACACCUUCCAGAACGGCAUCCAGGAUGUCCAGAAUGUCCAGUAUGUCCAGUAUGUCCAGUAUGGCAGAGAACCAGUAUGGAGAGGAGACCAGCAAGCAUUCAUGAGCAUUCAAGAGAUGCCGGAGUGUGAGGUCGAGGACCAUCAGUUCUACAGCUAUGGAGAGUGAAUCCACUGAGAUCCAGUUUUCCCUGAGGUUGGGGUUUCCUUGAUGUUUGCCUGAAAAGUGAUCAUCCGCCAGUUUUACACAGCAUUCCCUUCUUUUGGACCCAUGGAGCAGAGUACUUUCACUGUGCUGUAAAUUGUUGAUUCAGCUAAGCUAACCCAAGAAGGAAAAGAAUAACUUAGUGACUGCUUUUCCUGGUCUUUCAUCUCCUAAGCUCCUCUAGUGUUCUUGGUUUUAAAUUGGUAUAUGUAUUAGAUCUGUGACUGACUAAAUGUUUCAAUGCAGCUUUACACCCUUCAGCAGAGUCCCCUGUGACUGGCUUUCAAGAUCUGUCAGGGAGCUGGCAUCCAAGGACCGUCAGCCUGAAGUUUUGUUGACAGCAUCUUUCCUUUUUUC